AUGAAGUACAACACUAUCACGUUGGCGUUGGGUGCGCUUGCUAUGGGCGUGACCGCUCAGGGUGUUGCGCCCGAAGUCCAGUCGUCCGUCCUCAUGGAGCUCGCGCAGGCGAUCCCUUCCGACCAAGUCGCCUAUGCGAUCGCCUCGUCGUCUGCGUUCGCCGCUGAGAUGGCAUCUUCGCUCGUUGCGGGCAACACACCAGCCUGGUACCAGGCGCUGCCUACCGACGUCCAGAGCCUGCUGCCCGAGAUCUACCCGGCCAUGGUCACACCUACACCUACUCCUACUCCUACGCCAUCAUCGUCGUCGUCGAGCGCGUACGUCGCGAAGAGCAGCAGUGUUGUUGAGACAUCCAGCUCUGCCAUGGUUACUCCCUACCCCACUGGAAGCAACAGCACCAUGGCCAUGCCCACUAUGAGCGCCACCGGCAGCGUCACCGUCUCGCUCAGCCCCAGCCCCAGCGGCAGUGCCUCGCCCUCCCCAGAAACCCCUCCUUUCGAGGGUGCAGCUUCCAAGAUGUCCGUCGGCGCCGGUCUCGGUGCUGCGGUCAUGCUUGCCAUGCUCGCUUUGUAG